AUGCAGCACCCCAAACACUUCUACGCACCCGCCGCUCCCCAAGAAGGCUUCAGUCCCCAGAGCCUGGACGCCACUGAAGGGCCCGGCAACGAGCCUGCUUCUGCCUGCACAGAGCCUCUUCUUGUGGGUUCCUCCAACGUCUGUCACCCCCUAAACCUGCAGAAAGAGGUGUUUCCAGCUCCUCCAGCAGGUUUCCAGAUGGCGCCCUGCGGCUGCUUCUUUGACCCCCGCGUCUACCGAAUCGAGUGGACCACCACCGACUUCGGCCAGUCGUCCCUGUACAAGCUGGCAGCUGGGGGCCCUGCCUCGCCAGCCACCUACUUUCUGGAGGCACAGCACUGCCUCAGGGCCCCGGUGCCGCCCCCCGCGGGGCCCCGGUACCGCAUGCCCUGCUUCCCACCUGAGGGGCCCGGGGCCAAGACCCUGGGCUUCGUAGGGGGCGGAGGGCCCCCCGCCUUCGCGGAGCUGCCCCCCGCCUUGGUCAGGCAAGGCCUGGCGCCCCUGCUGCCCCCCAAGGAGAGCAAGCUGCCCCCGCUGCUCAUCACGCUGCCUGCCGAGGCCACGCUGCCCCCUGGCGCCUAUGGCCCUCUCAAGGGCCGCUUGACCCGGCUGGAUGGGCCCGGUGAGCCCUUGACCUUCACCUUCAAGGAGCCGCCCGCCGGCGCCAGGCCCAGCCUGCUGUACCUGCCGGGCCCCACCGAGCCCAAGGCGGCCCCGCUGGGGGCAGGCGAGGCCAGGACCCCUGAGGUGGCCAGGGCCUUCACGCCGCCCAAGAAGGUGAUGCUCGAGGAUGCGAUGAAGCUCUUUGACUGCCUGCCGGGCGACCCCGAGCCCGCCGGGGCCCCAUGCAAGCCCCCUGGGCCUGCCCUGCCCAACAGCGGGGAUGACUCGUCCAGCGACAUCCGCUCACUGCACCUGCCCGACGAGCUGCUGUCCUCGGACUACAGCGUGUCCAGGGUCCUGGAUGUCGUGUCCAACAUGGACUUCUUUUACAACUUGAAGGCGCUGGACGAGGAGCCGCCGCCCUGCCCGGGCGGGCCCCCCACCGCCAAGCCCAGCAAGAGGAAGGCCGGCAACCCGACUGCCAGGAAGGGGAGGCAGGGCAGCAAGGGCAAGCAGGCUGUGGUCCCCACCAGCGCCACCCCCUUGGGGCCCAGGCAGGACCUGGGAGCUGCCCCCCAUUAA